AUGUCAGAAUUGGAUUACAUUGGAUGCAAGAAAAGGAAAAGAGGGGAGGGAGUACUUAAAUUCAAGGGAUUUUGUGAACAGGGAUAUCCAGUGGAGUUCAAUGGUUCAUUUCAAGAAAAUGUUAGAGCCCUUUUGGAGAUUGGGCAAAUGGAGACUGGCUUAUGUGAUCCAAUGCCAAUUUGGUCAUUUCAAUUAGAGGUCCAUCGACACCCUUUGCUGCAUGUUUUCCUCUUUGUUGUUGAAGAACCAAUUGAGCUGUCCUUGACCCGUGGCUGUAAGCAUUGUCAAUAUAUAGGCUGGGGUGAUCAUUUGAUAUGUAACAAGAAGUAUCACUUUCUACUACCCUCAAAGGAUACAGUCUCAGCAUGCCUAAGUUAUGAAGGCAGCUCCGCUGGUAUUAAUGUCACAGCCUCAAAUUCAAUAGCAAGCAAGUCCAACUUGAUUGAUUUACAGGGUCAUACCAUGCAUGGUGUCUUUCACCCUAAUGGUUUCGGGCAUUUGCUGUGUAUAAAUGGGGAGGAGACUGGCUCGGAUUUGGCUGGAUUUCAGAUCAUGGACUUCUGGGAUCGGUUAUGCACUGGAUUGAGAGCAAGAGAAGUGAGUUUGAGAGACUUAUCUCAAAAGCAAGGUAUGGAUCUUAGGCUACUUCACAGCAUGGCCUAUGGCAAACCUUGGUUUGGUCAAUGGGGCUACAAAUUUGGGAGAGGAAGUUUUGGCGUCACGGAACCAAUGUAUCGAAGUGCCAUUGAAGCCUUGCAAAACACCCCUUUAGGCCUAUUUGCUCAUCAUCUUGGCAAUGAGACCAAUGAGAUCCUAACAAUCCUAUCAAGGUACCAAAUGUUGUCAGGCCAUAUUUUGGUUACUCUUGGUGAUAUGUUCCAUUUCAUGCUAGAGCUGAAAUCCAAACUCCCAAAGGAGAGCAAUACUGAGUCCUCUCAUCCAGGAAUGCUGGUGGAUACAUCUUGCAGAUGGUCCGCUAAACGCAUCGAAAUGGCUAUUAGGGUGAUUAUUGAAGCACUACAAAGAGCUGAAUUUCGAUGGAUUUCUAGACAAGAAGUUCGCGAUGCUGCUCGUGCCUACAUUGGCGACACAGGUUUGUUAGAUUUCGUGCUGAAAUCGUUAGGGAAUCAUAUCGUUGGGAAAUAUCUAGUUCGACGUUGUUUGAAUCCAGUAACAAAGGUAUUGGAAUACUGCUUAGAAGACAUUUCUCAUGCAUUUCCUAGACGAGAUGGAUAUAGCAGACUGAUUAGUACUCCUGACUCAAAAUUGAAACCUCGAUACAAGAUUACAUGGGCUCAGCUUAUGAAGGACCUUUUACGCUUGUACAAACUAAUCUUGAAAGAAAAUAAUGCAAUGAGCAGCACUGGAAUUCUUGCUAGUAUCCCUAUUGCAUCAAGGAUUAUUUUGGACACUAAGUUAUUCAUCAAAGACUAUUCUGAAGAAUCAACAUCAAUUCUUGACAAAUCAGUGCUACAUUGCUCCAUUGUCUUGACAAGCAACACUGAUAGAGGUUCAACAAAUAAGGUUAUGAUCACUCCUUAUGAGUUUUUCAUGUUGAGAAACACUACUACAUUUGAUGAACUCAAGCUUGAAGUGGAGAGGAAAUUCAGGGAUUUGUAUUGGGGAAUGAGAAAUUUUGUGGCAGAAUCAUUAGCCAAUUUGGAUGCCAAAGGAUCAGACUUGGUUUUCAAGCUCAUUAAAGCAGGUACUAAGAUUGUUUUCGAGGGGAAAAUUAGUGGAGAAAGUGCUGAUAUUUGCGGCAUGAUGUUUGAGAGUUUUGAGAGCAAUGCAUUGGUAGUGGAUUGCAUUUGUGGAACUAAAAUUGAUGAUGGUGAAAGAAUGGUUUCAUGUGAUAUUUGUGAGGUUCGGCAGCAUACUCGUUGUGUUCAUGUUUCAAACAUUGAAGAAAUUCCAACCAUAUUUCUCUGCAAUUCUUGUGAGCAAGAUAUCUUGCAUUUCCCUUCCCUACCAUAG